AUGUCUGAAAUUUGUGAAGAUUGCAAUCAACCUCAACCAGCUAGUACAUCCACGAUGGCCCAUUCUCCUUCUCCACCACUUUUACCUAAUAACGAUGAACCCACAACUUCGACGUCAAUCUCAACGUCGAGUAAUAGUGCUGGUACUAGUUCAUCACACUCAAUAGAGAAGAUGAAAUUACCUGUACCUGUAGAUCCACCUUCUAAAGCUGCUCAUGCUACUGAAAUGACCAUGACCGGACCGCCCACUCCUCAGCUCAAAGCGCAAGCUGAUGCUCACGCGGAUCCUCAAGGUGAAGCUCAAGCUCAAGCUCAGACUCAGACUCAGACUCAGAAUCAGACUCAGAGCCAAAAUCAUAGUGGAGAAAAGGAGAUGAUUGAGAACGAAAUCAAAGCUCCUAUACUGGAGAAUAUCAAACCUAAAAUCGUCAUUGAAUUUUGUGAUAGGUGUAGAUGGGCACCGAGAGCGACUUGGAUCCAAACUGAAUUAUUCCUUACUUUCCCUAAUCCAUUGAUCCAGUCAAUAACACUCGUACCGCUCAACGCACCUGAAACAGGUGGUAGAUUCAGAGUAUGGGUAGAUAUAGGUAUUGGGAAAGGAGAUGAAUUAGUCUGGGAUAGAAAGACAGAAGGUGGUUUCCCAGAAUUGAAAAUACUCAAACAGAGAAUACGGAAUUUGAUUCAACCAGAAAUGGGUUUAGGUCAUUCUGACGUUCAUGGGAAGAAUGAUAAAAUACCUCAAGAAACAGGUCUUGCGAAUUGA